CUGCACUUGAAAGUUAACUUCAAAAAUUAAUAAUUUUACUCGAUACAUUUUUUUUUAUAAUAUCGCAUAGUUUCUGUUCUUUUUCUGAACGCAUAGACAUUAAGAAUCAUUAUUUAUAUUGUUCUACCUUUAUUAAGAAAUAGAAUGAACAGUGACGACGAAAAUGAACAAAUAGCUAAGGCAAUGGCACUUUCAUUACAAGGAUUAGAUUCUCAACUUCGACAAGAGCAAAAAGAAAAAGAUGAUCUUAGAAAAGCGAUCGCAGCAUCAUUAGGAAAAAAAGUUGAAGAAUUGACCGCUAGGGAUAUGCUUUUAGCAGAAACAACAAAUCCACCACUAAAGCGCCCUAGAGAAGAAGAUGAAAAUGAUGAUGUUAAUGUCUUGCCUACGCAUCGCAUACUAAAACGAUUAAAUAAUUCUGAAGCACGAUUUUGGGAUGGUGUUAUCAAACUGACAUAUGUAAAAGGGUUUAUUGGUCCUGAUUAUAUUCGUUUUGAGGAUAUUAUUCAAAAACAUGAUCUUAAAAAGGCAUUAAUAACAGCCUUUGUAUGUAGUCUAGAUUUUAUCAACGAUAAUUUUCCUUUAGAUGUUAAUCUUUGCAUCGUUACUCAUGGUAGACCUGCAAUAAAAAAACAAAUUCAUCCUCAUCGAAUUAUAAUACAACCACCACUUAAAAAUGAGAAAUAUGGCGUAUUUCACCCAAAGUUAAUGCUUCUUUUUCGCGACUCAUCUGUAAGAAUUGUAAUCGGUUCUGCUAAUAUGGAACGUUAUGAUUAUGAGGACUUGGAGAAUGUAGUAUUUAUUCAAGAUUUUCCAAGAUUAAAAACCCCUCAUAAGACAUUUUCAGAAUUGCCACGCUUUGCAAGAGAUAUUUGUGAUUUACUUGAUCAUAUGCAAGUGCCUAACUCAGUGAAAGAAGAGUUAUUAAAAUAUGACUACAAUAAAGCUAAAGCUCAUAUCGUGGCUUCUAUUUCUGGUACAUUUGAGGGAGAAGAAGAAUAUAGAAAGUAUGGACAUACACGUUUAGCCGAUAUAAUAAACGAAAUUGUUGGCCCAAUAAAUGAUUCUAAAUUACUUCCAAAAGUGGAGAUGCAAACGUCUUCUCUAGGUGCAUUAUCAUUAUCUUAUUUAAAUGAACUAUAUCGGUCAUUUUGUGGAAUUGAGUCCUAUAGCAAAGAAAAACCAAUUUUAAUUACCAAGAAAAAUGAGCUACCACCUAUUGAUAUAAUUUAUCCAACAAAAGACACAGUUGAAUCAAGUCGCUUAGGCCCAUCAGGCGCUGGUACUAUUUGUUUAAAUAGCAAUACAUGGAAGAAGCCUACUUUUCCUAAACAAAUAAUGUGCGAUUCUAUUAGUCAACGUCAAGGCACCUUAAUGCAUUCAAAGUAUAUCAUUGCUACUCUUCCAUCCACUUUUAAAUCGUCUAAAUUUUUAACAGAGUCAAAUUUAGGCAAACUAAGAGGCUGGAUGUAUUGCGGGAGUCAUAAUGCGACAGUUUCAGCAUGGGGAAAAUUUACUGUUUCCAGAGAUACAAAGAAACCAAAAAUGAAUAUAAGUAAUUGGGAAUUAGGUGUGGUUUUACCUAUCUUUGAAAAAUCAGAUUUUCCAGCACCGUAUUUGAGACCAGCUCCCCGAUAUCAAUCAUCGCAGGAAGCUUGGACACAGAAUAUGGAAUGGUAAAUUAGUGUUGUAUGGUCAUUAUUAUUUUUUAAGGUUAAAUCCUAGUUUACAUGUUUUUUUUUUUCAAUAAUAUACUUCUUUAUUAGAUUAUAAAACAUUGUAUAAAAAUAAAAGAAAUAG